AUGUCCGCAGAGACAGGUCACCACUUUGGAAACCCUACCAACGCUUUCUGGCGUUCGCUUCAUGGGUCGGGUCUUACAACGGCCGAGAAGGCUUUGCACCCGUCAGAGGACGGUACAAUGCCAGAACGAUUCUCUCUAGGACUGACGAACCUGGUCACUCGACCGACGAAUUCGGCCAAUGAACUCUCCGCAGCCGAAAUGCGCGCCGGCGCUGCUACUGUUCUCGCCAAAGCCGCUCGCUAUCGACCACGCGUGGUUUGCUAUGUGGGUAACCAGAUCGCAGACAUCAUGUACGAAGCGGUGGUUAAGACUCACCUCAUGCCCUCGUCAGGCAGUCCCUCCAAGAUCCCGCCACGCGUUGCGAAGCGCAAGAACGCGCCUCCACGGCACGGGCUCGAGCCAUACAAGAUUGUACACGCGGAAGGCUCCGGCAGUGUACGAGAGACGCUGUUCUUCAUCAUGGGCUCGACUUCAGGCCGGGUGGCCAACUACGGGGUGCGUGUUCGCGUCUUUCUUGACCCAUACUUGUCUUCCUGCCUUACUACCUCCACUUCCUGA